AUGUACGUUCUUGGGAGCAUCGGCGGCGCUCGGUUCGAGUUGCUGAAGAUCACCAAGUAUGCCGCGUUCGUGACGACAACGAUGGCAUGGAUCGACAAGUUCAAAUUGGACGGGAUCGACCUUGACGAAGAAAAUGAAGUGCCGGCAGCCAAGUCCUCGCGUACAAUGCGCCUGCUUUUCAAACCGAUGAAGUCACCGCCCAACGAUUAA